AUGAUGGCCGGUCCAUCUACACCGACGACGGUCGACCACUCCGGUCUUUUGUCUCCUGUUAGCAGUUCAAGCGUGCCCAUCAAAUCGAUAUUGCGGAUCAACUCAAGUGCGAAAAAAAGCACGACGUUUUCCUCCAACAUCGGUAGGAACAAGUUGAAAAGGAAGCUCAACGACCGGUACGACGGUAUAGAAGGCAAAGAUGACAUAUCCGAGACGGAAGAGGACGAGCAGGAUGAGCAGGACGGCAAAACACGAAGCCCCCUAACCAAGAGACAAAAAACCGUUCACUUCGACCUCAGUUUGAACAUCACCACCGAAGUCGGCAAACGCACGCUAGAAGAAGCAAAACGCUCUGCCCGCCAUGCUCUCGAAACGCAUGCUGCUGGCGACGACCAAGAAUAUAUAGAGCUGCAAGAGGCAUUCUCAAACGACAGAGACCAAUUUCACAGCCCAGGAGCAGACGAGGAAGAGGACAGUGUGAGGCCAGAAGAACUGGUCCUCUAUGUCGUCGCACUGACGAACUGCACUCCAAUGCUAAACAAGUCAUGUGCGACAUUGGUCAAACAGAUUCUCAGCUGUUCUUGGAUUGGACGUGACGACAAGUUCUUUCGCGCAUACGUGCAAUCGUUGGUUAGUGCUCAGGGAGUCUAUUUGCGCCCUGUCCUAGAGAUGAUUGUCGAUUUGUUCAUGGAACCCCGCCCAUCAUCAUGGCGCGUCCCUGACUUCCCCACCGUUGACCGCGAGACGGCACAGACGAGGCUGCAUUUUGGGCUCGAAUACAUCCUGCAACUAUUUCCGGCCGCGCGAUCUACAGUCUGUAAAAUUGUCUCUCAAAAGUUCCCGUUCCCGAGCGAGCAUAAAAGCGUAUACCUAUGUUACCUCGACAAUCUUCUUCAACUACGCAAUUACGCACCAAAGCUUGGACCUGAACUGCUUGAGGCAGUAACAUCUAACCUGGUCAAGAUGGAUACCGAGUUCCAGCUGGAUCUCAGCGACAUGGACGACGACUUGGUAUCCAGAGUGCUCUACCAAGUGACAAGCAAGGAUGACGACGAUGAUGAAAACGAUGGCGAUGAUGCGGAUAGUGAAGGCGACGAGAGUGAUCUGCCCGGUUUCGGCGAACCGGACUACGAUGAGGAGGCCAGCAAGAUCGACAAGUCUACAAAGUUGGUACAGAAGCUAGACGCUAUCCUCGAGCGGCUCUUCUCCCUCUUUGCUCCCGUGUUCGAGGACCCGGACUCCGAGGCUUCUCAGGAGUGUCUCGGAGACAUGAUGUCUGACUUUGUCAACUUUGUUCUCACUGUACCCAGUUCCCGUCACACACAAUUCCUCGUCUUUCAUUUCAGCCAGAGAAGCCUCGCCUUGCAGGACAUCUUUACAGGAACAUUGCUGAAUCUGGGCUUUGAAUCCAACCGGCCAGCAACAGUGCGCCAAGCAGCUGCUUCAUAUCUGAGCAGCUAUGUUGCUCGUGCGGCGCGAGUUCCACGAGACACGGUACGAAACGUCGUGAGCAUCCUCUGUCACCGCAUCGACAUGUACCGGCGCAGCAACAGCGAGGGAUGCCGGGGCCCUGACUUGCGGCGGUACCAGGAGCUCUAUUCAUGGGUGCAGGCUCUACUUUACAUCUUCUGCUUUCGUUGGCGCGACUUGGUAGACUCGCACCCAGACAUCGUGGAUCCCGACGACCCGGCAUCGUUCGUGGGGCACGAGGUAGAAUGGAUGCCCGGUUUGAAGCAGGCGCUGACGAACGUCAUUUACUCGGUCUUCAAUCCGCUGAUGGUCUGCUCGCCCGCAAUCGUAUCCGAAUUCGCAAAGCUGGCGCACUCGAUGCGGUUUAUGUACAUUUUCCCUAGGCUGGAAAGCAACAAGAGCAUCCACCUGUCGCAGUUUGUAUCUGGGCACUACGGCAAUGGAGAUGCGCUGCGGGAAGACGCAGGCUACACGGUCGAAGACGAAAAACGGUUGCAGCUGGAGGGCAACUUCCCAUUCGACCCAUACUUACUACCAGAGAGCAAACGCUGGUUGGAGGGCGACUAUCUCCAGUGGACGCCGAUUGCGGGGGUGGGUGGAUAUGAAGACGGGAGCGACGACGGUAGUGAAGACAGCGACAACUUCGGCAGUGCUGAUGAAGGCUUUGAGGAAGAUACGGCAACUGAUCCGGAAGAGGAUUUAUGA